AUGGCUGAAGAUAAACUUUAUGAAUUUGAAACUAAAAAUAAAAAGAAUGAUGAUUCAAUAGAUAUUAUUGAUAAAUUAGCUGACAUUGUUAAUUAUCUUAACAUUGAUGGUCAAAUGUUGUUGAAACCAUCAAAAAUUGAUUUACAAAAUGAAAUGAAAUUUGAACAGAGGGCAGAGCAAAUAAUUAAACGCCAUCGUCGUCACGACCAAAUUAUAGUUGAAGAUAACGCAGUAAAUGAAUUACAAAAAUAUAUUAAUGUCAUAACAAAUGAUUUGGACAACAAAUUGAACAAAAAAGGUAUUUCAGAGUUAGCAUCGAAGGAUAUUACUGAGAUGUAUGAUUGUCUAAUGAAUGUUAAAAUGUUGAUCUUAAAAAGUUCAAAAAAUGACAAGUCCCUAAAAGACUUUAUAAAGUUAAAUAAAGUAAAGAUUUAG